AUGGUGCUCCUCACAGCCUCAACGGUCUCGGCCAUUGUGUCGAUGGGCGUAGUGUGCAUCUUUACUACGCUAUUGUUUGUGUCCGGCUACGUCCUCCAGCAGAACUCGGUAAAAAAUAUUCAACAUGCUCUACGAAAACCCCCUGAUAUGCCUGCUUAUCAAGGGUAUGGAGCGUCAGUCGGCAAUCCCCUGCAGAAACGUGGUAUAUCUGCUUCGAAUUUGAAUCCAGCCGCAGAGCAAGGAGUCAUUGGAGACAGUGGAGCUGAUUCGUCCGAGGCGAGAAACAACUAUGCAUACUUGCAACUGCUGUCUAAGCCCGACCCUUCAGAUAUUUGCUCCGCUAUUCUAUUCUUCAAACGUCUCGCUACCAAUGGCUCUGUUAUCGCAGAUCGGUUGUUCAUGUACCCAGAAGUAUGGGAUCGCAUGUUGGGAAAGAAUCUAGGCGAAGCCAGCACGCUAGCCUUGGCUCUCUUACGAGCUGCCAGUAUCAAAUACGGAAUAUGGCUACUACCAAUCGAUAUUAGUCCUGUGCUGCGUGCAGGAUAUACCAUGUCCGACACAAAACUCUUGCGGCUGGGACAGAUCCAAUUUAUGCAGUAUGACAGUGUUCUUUACCUGCAAUCCCCCGGCUUGAUCACGGAUGUCGAUAGACUCGAUCAAGUACUGCUCUCACACUCGCUUCCACUACUUCAUGAUUGGAAUCGACCACAGUCCUACGACAAUGAGGCUUGGGAACCUUCAUCUCUGCGUCCAGAUCGCGAUGAUACACUCCCACCUGUCUACCUUCUCACCGUCAACAACGUCGAUGGAGGCCGUGUACAAACUCGGACUCACGUCCCGAAACCCGACGUGCCUGGAUUCAGCAAUCUUGUUGUCAGCCCGGCGGACUUUGAGCGAUCAGCCGAGGUUCCUGGGUAUGUUUAUUUUGAAAACGACGAAGAAGGGCGUGUUAGGUGGGCGGGUAAUUCACUAUUUGGAGCUUGGCGUUCACAGCAACAUGAGGUUUGCGGUGGGCUCGAUUUCGAUGGGGAUGGUAUUUACGAGCAAUGA